AAAUGAUUUUUUAACAAACAUAAUGUUAGAAAAGCCCCAAAAUGUAUAUGAAUAUUGUAGAGAAUUUUUUUCAUUUUACAAUAUAGAUAAAGAUAAAAUAAUUUUCGAUCCAUUAAUAAUUUCUGGUCCUUCUGGUGUUGGAAAAGGAACAAUAAUAAAAUAAUUAUUAAAAGAAUAUCCUAAUAUAUUUGAUUUUUCAAUAAGUUAUACAACAAGAAAAGCUUAAUAGAAUGAAACUGAUGGUAUUGAAUAUUUUUUUGUAUCAAAAGAAGAGUUUGAAAAAGAAAUUAGAAAUUAAUCUUUUAUCGAAUAUUGUAUAUUUUAAGGUGAAUAUUAUGGUACUCAUAAAGGAAAAUUGUAAUCAAUAAUAUAAUCCUAAAAAAUUGCAAUCUUAGAAAUUGAUAUUGAAGGUGCGAAAAAAAUUCAUAAAUAAAACCCUGAAUGGAAUUAUAUAUACUUAAUUCCUCCAGAUUUAUAAUAAUUAGAAUAUAGAUUAAAGUAAUUAAUGCUAUUUUAAUAUUUAAAAUAUAUAAUAAAUAGGUAAUAAAAUUUAGAAGAAGAAAUUUAUAAAUCAAGAAUGUAAUCUGCAAAUUAAGAAUUAGAAGACUACAGAAAACUUGGAUUUUAUAGCACAAUUGUAAAUGAAGAUAAAGAUUAAUGUAUUAAGGAAAUAGUUAAUUUUACAAAAACUCAUUAUAGCAAAAUAUAAUUUGGAUGA